AUGAAUGCACGGGCCACGGACUUGGAGGUCUUUGGGGAGCAGUACCUAGACCCUGUCCACGGGAAGGCCCUUCCCACUUGCUCGGAGGUUUCUGACCUCAGGACUGUGCUUCAUAAGGGGUGGGAGAAAGUGGCCAACAGGAAAUUCAGCGUCAGGAGGGACGGUGCUGAAGAUGCAAGGAUUUGCAAGGACGAAGCCGAAGACGCUCGCCAGGGCGGAAGCAAGGCGGAAGAGGCGGGCCCGGAAGUAGAAGUGGGGCAAGGAGUUAGCGUCUCAGUUGCCAUGGAGACCAAGGGGCCGACGGCGGAGCGGAGCUCCUUAGAGUCUGGGACCUACGAGUACGAGAGGCAAACAUGGGCGCCAGACUCACGACUGGCCAUGUCCAGAAGCCCCCCAAAGUCCCCCUUGCCGUCCUCCCGUGCCUACGUGGAGAGCUUCCAGUUCGGCUUCGCGACCCGGCCCAGUCGCGGGUGGUCGCGGGCGCUCCCGCCGCCACCCGAGCCGCAGCUGCUGCGUCUGCGCCCCUCCUCGCUGCGCACCCAGGACAUCUCGCACUUGCUCACCAGCGUCUUCCGCAACUUGUACUCCGCCGAGGUGAUCGGCGAGGAAACGAGCGCCAGCUUGAUCAAGGCCCGCGGCAGCGAUAAUGCGCGCCACGAGCAGUUCGUGGACCAGUUGCAGCAGAUUCGGGAGCUCUAUAAGCAGCGACUGGAUGAGGUCAAAAUGUUGGAGAGACAUCUCAUUCAGGCCCAAGCACGGGCCCUGGCUGAAACAGAGAGGGCCACGAACCAGGCCAAAGUGCAUGUCCUCGAGGCCCUCCAGUUGCCCCCAGUUAAGACUGUCUUCAGGUGGUGUGUAGACAGCGAGUUGUUGCGGAAACAUCAUUUGAUCAGCCCAGAAGAUUACUACAGUGACACCGUGCCAUUUUGCUCGGCACCUAAAGGCAGUUCUAUCCCUGGAUAUUCAAAACUGACGUUCAGUAGUCAGAAGCGUUUCACCCCCAAAGGAGCAUUGGGCAAGAAGCUUGCAGUGCCCUACAAGGAGAAGCUUGGAGAUGAGUUCGACUACACUGUGGACAGCCAGGAAUGGGACUCAAUUCCUAAGGCCAAACAAACAACCAAAGAAACCAUCAAGAAACCAAGUCUACCGAAGAAUAAAAACUGGAUGAAACACUUACGCAUGCCCCAGAGAGAACUGGAGCGUCGACUUCUUGCCAGAAUGGAGAAUCGAAACCACUUCCUGAGAAACCCUCGGUUUUUCCCUCCUAACACUCCACAUGGAGGCAAAUCUCUUAUUUUUCCUCCAAUUAAGCCAGAACUGAUGGGAGAACACCCGAGUGCAGAGCUGGAACAGAGCUGCAUGGAUGCUCCAGUGUUUCUUGCUAAACCAUCAAUUGGGUUUUUCACAGAUUAUGAAAUUGGACCAGUUUAUGAGAUGGUCAUCUCGCUGCAGAACACCACCUCUGCCAGUCGCUACCUGCGAGUCCUCCCGCCUUCUACUCCACACUUUGCUCUGGGAUUGGGGAUGUUCCCAGGAAAAGGUGGAAUGGUGGCUCCCGGCAUGACUUGCCAGUACACUAUACAGUUUAUCCCGGACUGUCUCGGGGAUUUUGAUGAUUUCAUUUUAGUCGAGACCCAGUCAACUCACACGCUCCUGAUCCCCCUGCAGGCCCGGAGGCCGCCCCCCGUGCUGACCUUGUCUCCAGUGUUGGACUGUGGUUACUGCCUCAUUGGGGGAAUAAAGGUAACCAGAUUCAUCUGCAAAAAUGUGGGCUUCAGCGCUGGCAAAUUCUGCAUUAUGCCCAAAAAGAGUUGGCCACCACCAAGUUUCAGGGCGGUUGCAACUUCCGGCUUUGUUGAGCAGCCUCCCUUUGGAGUCAUGCCAUCCAUGUUUGAGCUGGCCCCAGGCUCUGCUGUGUUAAUAGAGGUCUUGUUCCUCCCAAUGAGCCUGGAAAAGGUAGAGCAGACCUUCAUCAUCGUGUGUGACAACUGCCAAGUCAGGGAGCUGGUGAUCACAGGAAGGGGGCAGCUGAUCGCUUUGGAUCUUAUCUAUGUUUCUGGUGAAAAAAGUCAACCGGACCCUGGAGAGCUCACAGAUUUAACGGCCCAGCACUUCAUACGCUUCAAGCCUGAAAACAUUCGGUCCACAGCAAGGAAACAGCUGAUUAUCCGAAAUGCUACACAUGUGGAGCUGGCUUUCCACUGGCAGAUCAUGAAGCCCAACCUGCAGCCCCUAAUGCCUGGAGAAACCUACAGCAUGGACAGCAUCAAGUACCACCCUGACAGGGAGACUGCCUUCUCCAUCAUACCUGAGAAGGGGGUUCUGAGCCCCCACAACAACCAGGAAUUCAUCCUGAGCUUUUCUCCUUAUGAGCUGAGGAACUACCACAGUGUGCUGCAGAUGGUGCUGGAAGAAGUUCCUGAGCCCUUGAAUUCAGAGGUGAAUAAUCUGGAGGACUACACAUACUCUGUGGAUGAUGUGAUUGUCAUGGAAAUUGAGGUGAAAGGCUCAGCAGAACCCUUCCAGGUUCUCUUAGAACCCUACGCCCUCAUCAUCCCAGGGGAGAACUACAUUGGCAUAAAUGUGAAGAAGGAUUUUAAGAUGUGGAACAACAGCAAGUCACCCAUCAGGUACACGUGGGGGAAGAUCAGCCAUUGCCACAUCAUUGAAGUGGAACCCUGCACAGGGGUCAUAGAGCCCAACGAGGUUGGGGAUUUUGAGUUGAACUUUACCGGGGGUGUCCCUGGCCCAGCAAGUCAGGACCUGCUGUGCGAGAUCAGAGACUCACCCUCGCCAGUGGUGUUACACAUCGAGGCGGCCUUUAAGGGGCCUGCACUUGUCAUCAACGUCUCGGCCCUUCAGUUUGGACUGCUCCGCCUGGGGCACAAAGUCUCGAAGUCCAUCCAGAUCCGGAACAUCAGCCAGCUCUCAGCCAUGUGGCACAUGAGAGAGAGUCCGGUCUGCCUGGAAGAAAGGCAUGAAGAUGCAUCUCCCUUGGACAUUGAGCCUUCAAGUGGUUACCUUUACCCUCUGGGGGAGUGCCAGGUGACUGUAACCUUGGAGGCCUUGCACUGUCAGCGUCUGCAGACUGUACUAGAGCUGGAAGUGGAAAAAGGGACCUGGAGCUACCUUCCUGUGUAUGCUGAGGUACAGGAGCCCCACGUAUACCUGAAGAGCAGCCAGGUGGAGGUCAGCAACCUCUACAUGGGGGUGUCCACAAAGUCAACCAUCACGCUCGUCAACGGCACGCUCCUGUUCACGCGGUUUCACUGGGGCAAGCUCCUAGGGCACCAAGCAGCCUUCUGCACAGCAAUAGUCUCUCCCAAACGUGGCCUGCUGGGCCCCAGUGAGGAGUGCCUGCUCAACUUGGAGUUGACCGUGCAUACCAUGGAAGAACUGACGGAUCUGGCUCUUCCUUGUUAUGUGUCAGGAAUGAAAAAGCCACUGGCCCUAGGUAUCUCUGGAAAGCCCCAGGGACUGGAAGUGACCAUCACUGUCUCCAUGGAGGGCUCUGAUAUCAGGACAAAGCAGUGGCCGGGCCACCUGGAGGAGCUCCACCUAGACUUUGGAUCAACGGUGCCACUGAGGACCCGUGUGAAUGGCCAGAUCAUUCUGACCAAUUGCUCCCCAAUGCAGACCUCUUUCACUCUCAAUUUUGACUACUUUGGGAGCCCCCCAAACAGCCUGAGCAAAAGCAUCAGCCUCCCUGACUUGCCUCCUGCCCUGCUAAAGUCGGCACGGAUCCGAGAGCACUUGGCCAAAAAAGAGCAGCUGGAUUUUAUGGAAAGCAUGUUAUCUUAUGGGAGAGGAGUUGCAUUCUUCCCCCACACUUCCAAGGGUGUGCUGGGGGCUUUCCAGCAGCUGAGCAUUGACAUCACAGGCUGUGCCAACAUGUGGGGCGAGUACUGGGACAGCCUUAUUUGCAAGGUGGGAGACCUGCCACCAGCAGUCAUCCCAGUGCACAUGGCAGUGGUGGGCUGCCCCAUCAGCUCCCAGCGGACCACCUCUUACAUGGCUGACAAGUCACAGAAGGAGCCCAUCAUCAGGUUUGGGACCCAGGUCUCUGGAGGAGACACAAUCACACGGAAACUUCGCCUGAAUAACUCCAGCCCCUGUGACAUUCGCCUAGACUGGGUCACCUAUGUUCCAGAAGAUAAGGAGGAUAAGCUGGUGGACCUGCUAGUGUUUUAUGGACCACCAUUCCCACUGCGGGAUCAAGCCAGAAAGGAGAUCGUGUACCCCGAGACCCCUGAGAGCAGCAGCUUACCCUGGUCCCCAAGCCCCUCCAGCGUGUCCGAGUCCAGCCAUGCAGCUUCUUUUCCAGUGGAGGCCUACUCCAAUGCCAGCACCAGGGCUGCAGCGCAGAUCAUCUCAGUUGUCCUGCAGGAGCAUGCGGGGGUGCCCUCCGACCUCCCCUACUAUAUCAGACCCCAGCAGGUGGUGGUCCCUGCUGGGGGAAGUAGCACCAUCUACAUCUCCUUCACACCUCCAGUGCUCAGCUCCGACAUCCAGCAGAAGGUGGAGUGCACUGGCUACGCCCUGGGUUUCAUGAGCUUGGACAAUGAGGUAGAAAGAGAGAUUCCCGGGAGGAGGCGUCGCCUGCAGCACUUUGCUGUGGAACCCCUGAGACUGGACCUGCAUGGGCACGUGAGGCAUGCGCAACUAAGCGUGGAGCUGGACAGCAGUGGCAGCUUGGAGUUCUGGUGCCAGGCCAGCGACCUCAUCCCCGAGCAGCCCUGCUCUGCGGUGCUGAGUGAGCUGCUGACCACCCGCCACCUGAAGCUGAUUAACACUACAGAAAUACCACAGUACUUCUGGCUUCUGGUCUCCAGGCCCUUUUUUGUUUCUCAAGGCCAGGCUCCUUGGGACCACAGAGCUGGCUCUGGCCAGGAGCACGAGUCUGAGAAGACGGCCCCAGGGGGCAAGCAGAUGGAGCUCCGGCCACAGGAGAACAUGCUGGUGGAUGUGUCCUUCUCACUCUCCCUGGAGCUGCUCUCCUACCAGAAGCUCCCGACCGACCAGAUGCUACCUGGAGUGGAUAUCCAGCAGAGCACAAGUGGAGAGAAAGAGAUGGUGUUUACUCAGGAUCUGCUCCUGGAGUUCACCAAUCAGACCACACAGGUUGUGCCCCUGCGGGCCAUUGUGACUGUGCCUGAGCUGCAGCUGUCCAGCAGCUGGGUAGACUUUGGAACCUGCUUUGUGAACCAGCAGACAUCCCGGGAGAUCUACCUGAUGAACCUCAGCAGCUGCCGGAGCUACUGGGCUGUGCUGAUGGGUCAUCAGAGUGCCAUCAAGGAGGCUAAAGACUUUGUUGUCUCCCCAAGCAGUGGGUUGCUGGAGGCACGACCCACCAAUGCGCCCCCAACCUCCAUCACACUUGAGGUGUUCUUCACUCCCAGGAGCAAUGAGCUGUAUGAAUCCACGAUGGUGGUCGAAGGCAUGCUGGGAGAGAAGUCCUGUGCCCUGCGGCUCCGGGGCCAAGGCUCUUACGAUGAGACAUUCAUGGAAACUCACCAGCUCUGAGGCUCACCCCACCCCUCAGCCCCAGACUUAGCUUAAGGAACAAGAUGGCACAGGUUGAUGAACAGGUGUGCGGGGCAGAGACAUGGACUGAGGAUUUCUAAACAGCUCUUGGGAUGGAGGAGCCCCGCCCGCUCUGAGGCAAAGGUCUUGCCUUAGCUUUGGGGACUUACAAUGUAGUGCCUAACACAAAAGAGGCCACACCAAUGUGGAGAUCAUAGCAGUUCAGACUCAGAUGAAGCACACAGAAGUCCCCCAGGGAAAACACCCACCCACUAAGAUAAGAUAACACACGAUUGAUUAUACCAUUGUCCCCUCCUCAUUCAUGAGGCCACAGUUUCCUAGGAUUUACAUGGGGGCCUUGUGGGCUGGGUGACCCACAAUGACUUUGGCCCAGCUAGAGGGGGCCUUUUGGUAAGGCCCAACACCCUGCCCACUCCUGUACUGUGUUAUCCAUGUUCACAGUUUCCAAAUUAUUUAAAGUGCCUUGAUUUGUUCCCAC